AUGUCUGUAAACGAAUGUCAACCCACAAUAUUCCUUUCCCAUGGCGCGGGGCCUUCAUUUUACAUGGACGCCACGAUUGAGCCAAGAAUUAAAGGUUUGGAUAAAGAUUCUACAGCGACAAAGGUCUUGCAGACGUUUGUAGCGGAUCAUAAAAUCACCACUCCAAAAGCUCUUGUGGUUCUCAGCGCCCAUUGGGAAGAAAAUGUAUGCUCAGUGACAACAUCCAGAAAUUAUUCUCUAGAUUAUGACUAUGGAGAUUUCAAAUGGCCUCCUGAGACCUACGACAUACGAUGGCCUGUAGUUGGCGAACCGGAUGUGGCAAGGAGAGUGAAAGAACUUCUUGAGGCGAGAGGAAUUCCAUGUAACGAGGAUAACAAGCGAGGACUUGAUCACGGCGUAUUUGUCCCUUUGAAACUGGUGUUCCCAGAAGCUGAUGUUCCUGUCGUAGAAGUAUCACUACUGAAUAGUAUGGACAUGGGUGAGCACUUGAAGGUUGGUGAGGCUUUGUCGGACCUAACUAAGGAAAAUAUACUUGUGAUAGGUAGUGGAUUUGCCACGCAUGCAGGAAUGUGUCAGAGUGAUCUUCCCUGGGCCGAACCGUUUAAGAAUUGGCUUCAUGACCUGGUUUCCAACCCAACAUAUACCCCUGUCGAACGGAAAGAUAAAUUUCUGGCCUAUUCUGAAGAGAAAUCGUUUUCUAAUGCACAUAAAACCCUUGAACACUUUCUACCUAUAGCGUAUUGCUGUGCAGCAGGUGGAUAUCAACCUGGUACAAUACUUCAUUCUGAAUUUGCAUUAGGCAGUCUACUAUAUGACCAUUACAUGUUUCAAGCAAAGUAA